GCGAUGCAAAUGUGAAUUACUUAUUAUUUGAUUUCAAUGUUUCACCGUUAAAUGGCGCCAAUAGUACUGUUAUGCGAAAUACUAAUGAUGAUAACCACGAUAUCAGCGUUUUAACGUUUAUGCUCCGUAAAUGUUACUUGUAUAUGAUGUUAUGUUUAUAAAUAACAAGUACAUAAUGUACCAAAUUGAAUGUAUUUAAAGAAUAUUUUAUUGUUUAUGAACAGAAAUAUAUAAUGCCACUUCCAGCGGCAUUAGCUGCACGUCUUGCAAAAAGAGGGCUCAUUUCUGGAUCUGAAAAACAGGAAUCUUCCAAAAAAGAAACAAAGAAGAAGAUACACGAAGAAGUAAUAGCCGAGGAUUAUGAUAGUACCAAAGAUGAGAUUAAUCAAAUUGAUAUUUCGCAGAAGUUCAUGGGAUACAGUGGUUGUCCAAAUAAGUAUAAUAUUUAUCAUGAGUGUACUAAAAAAUGUAAAGAAUUGUGGGGGCUUGGACAUGUGCAACCCUCUGACAAAUACUUGAAAAAACAGAUGCGAUUGAUACAAAAGUAUCCUUUACCAGAAACUUGGAAAGCUGUUUAUGAUCCAGGGUCUUUCCAAUUUGUCGACAGUGGACAACAUUAUUAUUGGGAUUGGUCGUCCGAUUUAGUGUCUUGGUUACCACCUGGCCAUCCAAAAUGUCAAAUAUCUCAACCUGCGUCUCAAUUGAGAGAAGAAUUGCACCUUAAAGCAGCGGAUCAAGAUGAUAACAUGUCGAGCGAUGAUAGCGGUAGCGAUCAAGAACCGAUGGAAGUAGAUGAAGCAGAAGUAAAAUCGGAUAGAAAGGAUAGAAAAGUGGAAAAUAGAUCAAAACAUAAAUCAGGAGACAGUAAAAGAAAUCAAAGAGUGGAACGAUUAGAAAAUAAAGAGAAGAAAGAUCGUACAUUAGAUCCUAUGGAUCCAGCGUCUUAUAGUGAUAUUCCACGAGGAAAAUGGUCGGAUGGUUUAGCAAGACACAAUGAAGCUAAAACAGGUGCAGACACAACUGCAUCGGGUCCACUUUAUCAAAUGAGACCAUACCCGAGUCCAGGCGCGGUUCUCCGAUCGAACAGAGCCAGUAAAGCAGAGUCAGAAUCAUCUAAUAAACCUAAAGUGUCUCUUCCUGAAAAGCCAGAGUAAAAACUUUAAUGUGUACAGUACUACAUACUUUGUUAUACACUUUAAUAUGACUAUAAAAUACAUUAUGAAAUUUA